AUGGACUUACCUGAUGAAUUACUAAUUUUGAUUUUUAUGAAAUUAAGUAGUGUUGAUGCUUUUCGUUCAUUAACUGGAAUUAAUGAACGAAUUCACGAAAUAUUGUAUGAUUGUCGUAUAACACAAUCAUUAACAAUAUUUCAACAAGAAUCAAAUGAUGUUAUUUGUCCACCAUAUGAAAAUUUAAUUGACAAAUUUUGUUAG